CCCCUUGCCCGCUUUUCGCCAUGGCUGUCAUCUGCCAUGGGCGCUUCCAGUGUGAAGGGAGUGCCCGUCUCGCAGGUCGAGACUUUCUGGGACCAUCCGCGGGUGCAUCGACAGGUUGUGUCCUUUGAGGAUGCCAAGGCGGUCUCUGGACAGGCGACGUCUGGAAAGGCUGGCAAGGCCAAUGUCGCGCAGACCUUGAAACCCAAGGAGAGUGAGGAAGCCAGAGAAAAGCGAUGGCUGAAUGACGUGCAGACGCCUGGCCGCCUCAAAAGAACCGUUGUUUUCCCAGUGGGCGACUGGUUCCUCGGGGUGGGAGAUGGAGGAAUCGGCCGUGACAAGGACAACCCAGCAGGUGGUGCCUUGAUCAUGAAAGGCUCGCUGUCUGACUUCGACGAGGAGGAUAGACCACCCAAGUGGGAUACGAUGACUGACGACACAGAAGACAAGGCCCUCCAGGCUUUUGGAGCGCAAAGCCAAGGAGAUCCGGGGCAGACGAAGCCAAAGGUCGACAAGAAGGCACAGAAGAAGGCUGCCCUCGGCAAGCUCGGCCUGGAUCCAAGCAGCGAAGAGUUCAAGCAAAGCCACGAGCCUCCGCCAGGCGGAUGGACGAACAAUGCUCGCGCCGGCGUCACAAGGCUGCCGAUGGUGGGCUACGGCGGGGAGCUCCAGUUGCUGGAGGACUUCAGGUCGCAGACCAUCCGGUUCAGCGACCUGACCGAUAGCUCGCGCUUUUCGUGCCAGCAAUCUGCUUGGGGCCCUGGCCCCGGGGGGCCAGGCCCAGUGCCUACGCAGCAGGGCUAUCCUCACCCCCAGAUAGAGCUGGACCACCCCGAGUCUUAUGUGCAUGUCCACUUAGAAGACAGAGCAGCCGGGCCUGUGCCCCACGUGCUCUGGGACGCUGCCUACGACAUGGGUGGCACGGAGGUCCUGAAGUCGGCAGCCACGGCCAUGUGGGGCACGCGGCCCAAUAUGGAGCUCUUUUGCCCGCCGAAGCAUGGCCCGCCUCACUGGUUCGAGCUGACUAUCUCCCGAAUGGCCAACGCAAGGAGGCGACCCUACAUGAUGCAGGACUUCAUCGCGUCCCAGGUCAUUUCAGCUUACAGGCCCGACCAUGAUCCUCAAUUGGAUGCUUUCUCGAUGGCUGUGGAUCAGGGCAACUCGGCAGAAGCUGCCAAAGCGCUGUGAGAGCUUGCCAACAGAGUUUGUGUAGAGUCAAAUCAAAUGCCCAUAGA